UUACAGCUAGCAGUCAAAGUUGGCACAAGGAGGAGGUGACGAUAACAAGAGGAGGGCAUUGGUUUUCCCUCCCCAUUGUACUUCUCGUUUUGUAAGUUCGUGCAAAAAUCAACUUCAGCCGGCAUUUGCAGACAAGAAUUUAAAGAAUUGGGCUUGCAGAAUCUUUCAGGCUCAACUAGGGAGAACAAGAAUACACAACGAAGCAACAUAUAACCGCUAUUUCUCCUUGCUUUCAUCAAAACUCAAAUGCAGAUAUCCUGUUUAUUUUGGAAAGCAAACUUUUUGAUUCAUGGCCCUGAACUGGUAUGCUCGCCAUAUGUUGCCCGUCCCCUGCUGUAAAGAGGUCAGGAGGAACAAAGACACAAUAGAUGUUGAGGUGGUAUCCAUAGAUGUCCAUUCUGUCUCAGCAGUGCAUCAACAGCACUUGGAAUCAGUAGUGAGGAUAGUUCUAGCUGGUGGAAUAGUUGAACUCUAUUCAGCUGCAGUCCCGGCUUAUUUGGUGAUGGAGAAGCAUCCAGGCUUGUGCGUUGCCCGGCCGGAGGUCUUCAAAAAGCCACAUGAGUCCCUUGUUGGCCCCAAGGAAAGGCUGCUUCCAGGCCAGAAGUUCUAUCUCGUACCCAGGUCGACUGUCACGAAACUCAGGAGAAAAAAUCCCUGCAGAUUAAGAGGAGAUGGGGAUGCAAAGGAGACAGUUCUAGACAAGGUGGAAGGAGAAGAGGGUGAUGGAGUUUCAGAAGAGUCUGUCUGUUCUGCCAAGGAUUUCUAUGUUUCAAAGGAGAAGUGGUCAGAUUGUCUUUCCAAGAGGUUUGAAAAUGGAGUUGAACGAGAAAUUCAGAAGCCCUUCAUGCCACCCAUCAAGAGGCCGGAGAGAUGCCGGCUGGGGUUGCUUGCUGGAUGGAAGCCUAGCCUGGCUUCCGUGAAAGAGCUUUCUCCUUGAGGAAUUUACUCCUUUCUUAAAGAUCACUUGCAAUUGAUGUUUAGCCCAGCACUAGCACUCAUGCUUGCUGUCUUCCAUCUGCCUUGUAAGUUGAUAGCCAAUGAACGCACGCUGACUGCUAUCUACCAUGCAUGAUCCUGCUGUCUAUUAUCUACCACGUAAAUUGUGUUCAUUUU